AUGGAAGGUAUUCCAUGGGAACAGGUCAAGGCUGGGGAUCUGGAUGCCUUGCGGGUCGCUCUCUUCUCGAGUUCGACCUCGCGCCGGCUCCGGGCCCUGCAAGAACUUCGCGACAAGAUUGCCUCUGACCUAUCUUUGGAAACUCACCAUGAUAUCCUAGCGCUCCUUUUCCACACAUAUCCUCUCUAUGUCGACCGAUCAUCCCGACAUGCUGUCCAAAAAUGUCUGACCUCCCUCCUCCAGACACCAUCCGCCACCGAACACUUAAAAUACCUGACUGAGAAUCUCAAAAUUGAGGCGGCCAAGCCUGGUCUUGCCCCAACCAAUGGGUUCGUGUUGGUGGAGUGGUGCUGCGUUCUUUUGCAGCACGCCAGCGAAGACAAGGCUACGCCCUUAGCCAUUGUGCUCGAUCUGAUUGCUGUAGAUGCCAAGGCAUUAGAGAACUGCUUUGCUCAUAGCCCAAAGAUACCAGUGAGACAAUCUGCAGUUCGGGUGACUAGGCGUGCCCUGCGCGCAGUAUUCUCAAACCAGAAAUGGGGUGAGGACGCUGUGCGUCAGUCAGUCAGCCAGUUGACAACAGAUGCGGCGGCAGGAUUUAAGAAUGCGGUGAUGCUCGGUGUCAUUUGUGGUGUUUGCGCACGAUUGCCCGAUAGGAAGUCUAUUCUCGAGGAGUCUAAGAAAUCCAUAAUUGCUUUUUACAUCAAGGAAAUAGUGAGCUCAAAGUCUGCGGUCCCUGCCCACGUGGCAGAUGGACUGUCUGACUUCUUCAGUUCAUUUGUGACAAUGGAGGAGUUGAGCACUGAAUUGGUGCCUCCGAUGGAGAAAUCUAUGCUGAGAGCACCAGAGGUGAUUCUAACAGGCGUGAUUCCACCAUUCUGUGCAGCCUUGCCCGAAGACAUUGACAUCUCCGAGUUGGUACAGUCUCGUCUUUCGAAGCAUUUAUUGUCUAGCAUGAAGUCAAAUAACCCGGCUAUUCGCCAGGGUGCUGCUGUUUCAUUUAGAUCUCUGCUCUCUCGUUGCAAGUCUGAGGCCUUGGUUCUGAAGAUUACUAGUGAAAUCAUGAGUCCGCUGAAGACAAAUAAGAUCACAACUCCUGAGCAUCGUGUUGCUUACGCACAAGCGAUUGCAGCUGUUCCGUCAUCUGUGGAAGCCUCGAAAGAGAUCGUACAAGGGUUCGGCCCUGUCUUCUCUCGGGAGUCAAAUGAGCCUGCCUUGGAGGAGGAGCUCAGGUCUUUUGGCAAGCACCUCGCUUUCCUCGUCCAGUCCAAUGUCAAAGUUAGUGAUGACGUUAUUAACACCGUCGUCAAGGGCAUUUCCGACAAACGAGUCCCAUUCCGAAAGGUCUGGCAACUCAAUAUUGGAGAAGUGCUCUGGAAAUCUGAUAUUGCGGCUCUGAACAGUGCCGAAAUCGAACCAUUUGUCACCAAAUUCCUCGCCAAGAUGAAAGAUAUGUUUACUGAAGUUGCCUCCAACCCUCUUCCCUCAGCCCAGAGCGGUGCAUUGUCAUCUGCAUACGUAUUUUUGGCUCUGUUUGAACGGGUCUCUAACAUCGAAGGGCCAGACAGGGCCACUUGGGAAGAAAAGGUCUCUCAGUCCUUGACUUUAGGCGCUAAACCAUCUUUCCUUCUGAACCCUAAGGCCUACUCAAAAAUGAGCUCCCAAGCAGAGAUUCAGUGGCUUGUUAGAGCCCUCGCAGCUGUGACCUCUGGGCCGAAGUUUGCUGGCGCUGAAGACGCAGCUAAGAUUGCCUGGGCCCAAGCCUUCAUCUAUGCGAUCACCGGACCUAAUCUGCCGUCAAAAUUCCGAGAAAGUGCUGCCGAAACACUAUGUGUAGUUUACUUGAAGGAUGUCGCAUCUUUCGGACGCGUUAUCGUCAAUGCCAUCUGGGCUUGGAUUCAUGCAUCCCGUACCGGCGAGAAAGAAUCGGCCGCUGCCUCUGCGCCAGGAAGCGAGCGUCUUCUUCAUCUGGUACUGAAAGCGAUCUGCCCCUCUUCAGUCCCCAAGGAAGCAUCUGAAAACUUGGAAAAUUUGCUAAUCAAAAUUAUUGUUCUUAGCCGACAAGAGUUGGUUCCGAAUGCUUCAUGGAUUGACUUGUGUCUGAGAACAGGGACUGAUCCUGGAAAUCUUGUUCGCGCCCAUCCUGCUGAUUGUAUCAAGCAAUUAGUAGGUGUCAAUGAAGACCCCAUCCAAUCCACUGUACCGGAUGUCAAUUCUGCCGUGUGGACUGCUGCAGGUGAUCUGGCCUUUGUGGCUCCCGAUGUUAUGAUUCCAUGCCUUGUCGAUCAGAUCAAAGAAGAUCUAGACGGUGCUCGUCUUUCAAAGUUUACUGCUACUGAUGCUGCCAUUUCUCGAACACCUGAGGGUACUGCCUUCGUUGAUGUGCUCAGUAGUAAGUCGAAGCAGCCUACCUUCAACAAGAGCACUAAGGAUUAUGAUACUCUGAAGUGGGAGGAAGAACUCAGAGCGCAAUUGGCAGAGAAGAAGGGACAGAAGGCGAAGAAACUGACUGGCGAAGAACAAUCCAAGGUCAGCGCACAACUUGCGAAAGAAGCCAAGAUUAGAGCAGAUGUUCUGCAAGAAGUGAAGCGGAUCGAGCGAGGUGCUGGCCUUAUUCGAGGCCUCGCAACUGGACCUGCUAACGAUCCUGAGGGCUGGAUCAACACCGCUGUCAGUUGUUUGCUCUCUCUUGCCCGGGCUGGUGCUGGACUGUUCGUUGGUGAUGUCGUAUCCCAAGCGUAUGUCGUCUGUGCGAACGAAUUAUCUUCGCGUCUCGGAGGUAUUAGGCCCUUCAUAGGUGUGGCAACUCUGCGAGCUAUUGGUAAUACUAAUUUGCCAGCGUCCAUGGAGUUGGAGCAUCUUGGAGAGCUUGUGACAAGAAUUUUGUACCGCUUGCGAUUCGCAUCGGAACAACGGCCCCUUGAUAUUCCAUCUCUGGCCUAUAUCUUCCCAUUGAUUUCCAUCAUCCUGUCACGUAACGGUAUUGAAGAGGUCAAGGGAGAACAAGAAGGCGAGCAGGUUCUGCUUGCCCUCGAGUUCUUGUCCUUCCAUUCUAGCUCCUUCUCCGAUACCCGCCUUCCUCGUAUUGAAGUUAUUCAGCAACUUCUUUCUGCCAUGCAAAGAUAUACUACCCACUACAAGCUGAUCAAAGACACUAUGUUCGAUUUCUGCCGAUGCAUAUCACCCAACAUCAGCCCCGCGGAGCUGGAGACCCUCUUGCAAGGUUCCAUCGUUCCCGAUUCAUCUGUUCGGACCUCUGUACUUCAGGUCAUUGAAGAUGAGAUUGAUUUGACUGACCUUGACUUCUCGGAAUACAUCUGGCUGGGCUGCCACGACAAUGUCGAGGAAAAUGUAGAGAUCGCAGAAACCAUCUGGGAAGUGAAUGCACUCGAAGUCGAUGACUCUGCAUUUACAAAAAUCAUGAAGUAUCUUGACUCCAAGGACACCCAACUUCGAGGUGCUGCCGCUCGUGCUUUGGCCCACGCAGUUGAGCUUGACAAAGGCAAAUUCGCUGACAUUCUAUCUCAACUUCAAGCGAAGUAUGCAGAGGAUGUCAAGCCGAAGGCACCCGAAAAGGAUGCCUACGGCAUGCCCAAGAAAGUGGAAAACACCGACAACUGGGAAAGUCGCAGCGGUGUCGCACUGGCCUUCAAUGCUAUCACUGGCCUGUUUGAUGGGGAACAGAUUAUCUCUUUCUUGCGAUUCCUCAUUGAACGUGGCCCCCUGGUUGACAAGAGCUCUGCUGUCCGAUCUCAAAUGGCAGAAAGUGGAAAGUCUGUAAUCGCUCAACGAGGCCAGUUGAAGGUCGAGGAGCUUAUGAAGCUGCUUGAAACAACCCUGGAAACCUCUGACAAAGCUACUCAGAGCUCCGAUCUGCUGAACGAGGCCGUUGUCGUGCUUUACGGAUCUCUAGCAAGACACUUGAAGGCCGAUGAUCCUCGGCUGCAGGUCGUUGUCAAGAAGCUCCUUGCUACACUUCCUACUCCCUCUGAAUCGGUGCAAUCCGCUGUUUCAGAGUGUCUGCCGCCAUUGAUCAGACUCUCUGGUCCGAGUACGGCUGACUAUGUGCAAGAGAUGCUCGACCAGUUGCUUAACGUCAAGAACUAUGCCACCCAGCGCGGUGCUGCCUAUGGUCUGGCCGGAAUUGUGAAAGGAAAGGGUAUUUCGACUCUCCGUGAAUUCCGCAUCAUGAGUUUACUCAAGGAGGCUACCGAGAACAAGAAGGAGUCUCAUCACCGACAAGGUACUUUCCUGGCUUACGAAUUGUUUGCUUUUGUUCUUGGACGUACCUUUGAGCCAUACGUCAUUCAAAUUGUUCCUCAACUGCUUGGAGGCUUCGGCGAUCCCAGCAUUGAUGUUCGUGAUGCAUGCUUGGAUGCAUCAAAGGCUUGCUUCCAGAACCUCAGCUCAUAUGGCGUGAAAAAGAUUCUUCCUACCCUUCUUGACGGUUUGGACGAUACACAAUGGCGCAGUCAAAAGGGAGCUUGCGAGUUGCUGGGUGCCAUGGCUUACCUUGACCCUCAACAGCUUGCGGCUAGUCUGACCGAAAUUAUUCCCCCGCUUACAGAGGUCCUUAAUGACACGCACAAGGAAGUCCGCAACGCUGCAAACCGUAGUCUCCAAAGAUUCGGAGAGGUCAUUAGCAACCCUGAAGUCAAGAGCCUGGUUAACGUUCUUCUGAAGGCCCUCAGUGACCCGACCAAGUACACGGAUGAAGCCCUAGAUUCUCUCAUCAAGGUUUCGUUUGUUCACUAUCUGGAUGCCCCAUCUCUGGCACUGGUUGUUCGUAUUCUCGAGCGUGGUCUUGGUGACCGUUCAGCUACAAAGCGCAAGUCUGCACAGAUUAUCGGCAGCUUGGCCCAUCUUACAGAGCGCAAGGACCUUAUUUCACACUUGCCUAUCAUUAUCGCUGGUUUGAAUAUGGCGAUUGUCGAUCCAGUUCCCACUACACGUGCUACCGCUUCGAAGGCUCUGGGUUCGCUUAUCGAGAAGCUUGGAGAGGACGCUCUACCAGACCUUAUUCCCAACCUCAUGGCAACCCUUAAGUCAGACACUGGUGCUGGCGACAGACUGGGAUCGGCUCAAGCUCUCGCGGAGGUCCUUGCGGGUCUGGGUACCACCAGACUCGAGGAGACACUGCCUACCAUUCUUCAAAACGUUUCCAGCUCGAAGCCUGCUGUUCGUGAAGGCUUCAUGACCCUCUUCAUUUACUUGCCCGCUUGCUUUGGUAACAGCUUCGCCAAUUAUCUCAGCAAGAUUAUUCCGCCUAUCCUGGCUGGCUUGGCUGAUGAUAUUGAGUCAAUCCGUGAAACUUCCCUCCGGGCUGGUCGUCUCCUGGUCAAGAACUUUGCUACCAAAGCCAUUGAUCUCCUGCUUCCCGAAUUGGAGCGUGGUCUUGCCGACGACAGUUACCGUAUCCGUCUCAGCUCCGUUGAACUGGUUGGAGAUCUCCUCUUCAGUCUUACUGGUAUUUCCGGCAAGUCGGAGGCCGACGAAGAGGAGGAAGAAGCCACACAGGCUGGCCAAUCUCUGCUCGAAGUGCUUGGAGAAGAACGGAGAGACAAGGUCCUUUCGGCCCUGUUCAUCUGUCGCUGCGAUACUUCGGGCUUGGUCAGAACUGCUGCCUUGGGCGUGUGGAAGGCUUUGGUCGCCUCUCCCCGAACCCUCAAGGACAUGUUGCCGACCCUUUCUCAGCUCAUCAUCCGUCGCCUCGGAUCCUCCAACAUGGAGCAGAAGGUUAUUGCCAGCAACGCCCUUGGCGACCUCAUCAAGAAGGCUGGAGAGUCGGUGCUUGCCACCUUGUUGCCCUUGCUUGAGGAGGGUCUCCAGACCUCGCCUGAUGUGGAUGUCAAGCAGGGUAUCUGUAUCGCUCUCCGCGAGCUUAUCAGUUCUGCCACUGAAGAUGCUGUGGAGGAUUAUGAAAAGGUCCUUAUCUCUACAGUUCGCGUCGCUUUGGUCGAUGCAGAUGAGGAUGUGCGAGAAGCAGCCGCCGAAGCCUUUGAUUCUCUACAACAGAUUCUGGGCAAGAAGGCUGUCGAUCAAGUUCUGCCUUACCUUCUUCACUUGCUGAGAAACGAUGAUGAGGCUGAACAGGCGUUGUCUGCCCUGCUGACCCUCCUAACGGAGCAGACUCGUGCUAACAUUAUCCUGCCGAACCUCAUCCCAACACUACUUACCCCGCCUGUUUCUGCUUUCAAUGCUAGGGCUUUGGCCUCUUUGGCCGAGGUUGCGGGUGGAGCAAUGACAAGGAGAUUGCCUAACAUCCUUAACACUCUUAUGGAUGGUAUGAUUGAGACCACCGAUGAGGGACUCCAGGAAGAGCUCGCCAAUGCCUUCGAUACCGUAUUGGUCUCUGUCGAUGAGUAUGAUGGUUUGAACGUCGCAAUGAACGUGAUGAUCGGGCUUGUCAAGCACGAUGAUCAUCAUCGCCGGGCUAAGGCCGCUCUCCAUCUCAACAAGUUCUUCUCGGAUGCCGAUCUUGACUUCUCGCGUUACUACCCAGACUUGAUUCGUGUUCUGCUGGUUUCUUUCGAUGACCGCGACCCACAAGUCGUCAAGGCAGUGUGGACCGCCCUCAGCGGUCUCACAUCCCACAUGCGCAAGGAGGAGAUGGAGGUUCUGGCCGUCCCGGCGCGCCAGAUGCUGCGGCAAGUUGGUGUGCCGGGCGCAGACCUCCCUGGUUUCAGCCUGCCAAAGGGUAUCAUGUCUAUUUUGCCAAUUUUCUUGCAAGGUUUGCUCAAUGGUACCGCUGAGCAGCGUACCCAGUCGGCUCUUGCCAUUUCCGACAUUAUCGACCGUACAAAUGCAAACUCGCUCAAGCCUUUUGUCACACAGAUCACUGGUCCACUGAUCCGUGUUGUGUCCGAGCGGUCAGUUGACAUCAAAUGUGCUAUCUUCUACACUCUUAACAAACUGCUGGAGAAGAUUCCUUUGGCUGUCAAGCCCUUCCUGCCCCAGCUUCAGCGGACAUUUGCCCGUGGUUUGGCUGAUACGACUAGUGAGACUCUGCGCAACCGUGCAGCCAAGGGUCUUGGUAUCUUGAUUACGUUGACCCCCAGAGUCGAUCCUCUUGUUGCAGAACUUAUUGCCGGAUCAAAGACCCCUGAUCUCGGUGUUAGAAAUGCCAUGAUGAAGGCUCUCCAGGAGGUGGUUGGUAAGGCUGGUGCUAACAUGAGCGAGGCAUCUCGGACAGCUCUACUGGCUUUGAUAGAUGAUGAUGCCAGUGAUCAGACCGACUCUGUUGCAAUCACCAAUGCCCGCUUACUUGGUGUACUCGUCAAGGUUCUUCCCGCUGAAUCUGCCAUUCCUCUUAUCAAGAACCGCAUUCUUACCGGAAAACUGGCGCACUCUUCUGUUCUCGGCUUGAACGCUCUCUUGGUCGAAUCACCCGACACGCUGCUGGAGCACUUCUCUACUGAGACACCUUCAGUCAUCUGCCAAGGCAUUGCAGACAGUGAUCCUUUCGUCGCCGAGAACAGCGUUCUCGCCGCUGGAAAGUUCCUUUUGUCUGAAGAUGGCAACCACAGCUUCGAGACACUCAAAGCCAUUUUCGAGGCACUGGCGCUUGUCAUCCCACUCGGUAACCCGGUUGAUGUUCGCCGAUUGACGCUGGUGGUCAUCAGAACUAUCAGCCGUCUCCACCCCGAGAUGACUCGCGCUCACCUGGCUCUGUUGGCACCGCCAAUAUUUGCUAGCGUACGUGACGUGGUCAUCCCCGUGAAGCUGGCUGCAGAGGCUGCUUUCCUCUCCAUCUUCUCGGUGGUUGACUGUGACAGCGAAGUUUUCGACAAGUACAUGGCCGGUCCCGGUGCAUCCCUGCCGCCUCUCCCGAAACGCAGCAUGGGCGACUACUUCAAGCGUGUGGCCAUGCGUCUUGCUAACCAGGCCCGUGAGCGCCGCACUGCUGAAGGUGGCGAAGGUGGUCUGGGCUUGUCUAACGAUGAGAUAGAGGAUGAGAAGGAGACGCAACGAACACCUGCAUCCGCCAACGACCGUCGAUACGCCGACAUCAAGAUGGUCAACCUUCGCACCCAGAAGCGCCUCGCCGCCUCCGUGGUCGGCUGCGGCAAGCGCAAGAUUUGGCUCGACCCCAAUGAGAUGAGCGAGAUCUCCAACGCCAACUCCCGUCAGACUAUCCGCAAGCUCGUCAGCGAUGGCCUCAUCAUCCGCAAGCCUGUUACCAUGCACUCCCGUGCCCGUGCUCGUGAGCUCAACGAGGCCCGCCGGAUCGGUCGUCACCGCGGUCUGGGUAAGCGCAAGGGUACAGCCAACGCCCGUAUGCCCAGCCAGAUUCUCUGGAUGCGCCGCAUGCGUGUGCUCCGUCGUUUGCUCGUCCGCUACCGUGCCGCCGGCAAGAUCGACAAGCACCUUUACCACGAGCUCUACCACCUGAGCAAGGGUAACACCUUCAAGCACAAGCGUGCUCUGGUUGAGCACAUCCAGAAGGCUAAGGCUGAGCGCCAACGUGAGCGCAUCCUCAAGGAGGAGAUGGACGCUAAGCGUGCCAAGAACAAGGCUCUCCGUGAGCGUCGGGCAGAGCGUGUUGAGGCCAAGCGCAACGCUCUGGUCGGCGAGACUGAGGAGUAA